AUGGUUACUGGGUUCCCAACAUUCACCAAGUCUCUACUUUCACAGGUUGCUACUUCAGUGGUUGAGCAAUACAAGUUCUACAUACUGCCUCCUGUCGAAGCCUCAACAUCUAGCCCUGUCGGAGUUGCAUAUCAGAAAGGCAAUUCGAGGGAUUAUGAAUCAGCUGAACAGUGCAGCAGAUCUCAAAGUAUCGUGAAGCAAGAAAGAGUCUUGGAGAAAAAUUACGUAUGUGUUGACCCAAGUUACCUGAAAACUCUUGGCCAAGUUCAUUCUGGGUGGAUUUUUGGUGGAAUAGCUGAACUUGUUGAUAAUUCAAGAGACGCCAAGGCAACCAAGAUGGACAUUUUUAUAGAUAUGAUAAAGUUGAAGAAAUCUGGCAAGGAUGAACCUAUGCUUUCAGUUAUUGAUGAUGGCCAAGGUAUGGAAUACAAAGACAUUUUGAAAAUGGUUUCCUUUGGGCACAAGCAAAGUGAUAGUGAUGAUCCAGAUCACAUUGGCAGAUUUGGUGUUGGAUUCAAGACUGGAGCAAUGAGGCUUGGCAAUGAUGCUCUUGUUUUAACUCAGACUGCUAAUUCCAGAUGUAUAGCUUUCCUUUCACAGUCUUUGAAUGAAGCGAAAGAGAAUGUUGAGAUCCCUGUAGUUUGCUAUCGCCAAGAAGGACAGUGCAUGGAAGUGGAUACAAGUGUUCAGUCUGAAGCUGCGGCAAAGUGCAAUUUGAAAGCCAUUCAGGAAUUUUCACCUUUUAAUAAGUAUCUUAUUGGUGAAAAGGCGGCAUUGUUUGCCGGUGGCACAGGAACACAAAUUUACAUAUGGAACCUGGACAAAUGGGGAUCAAAUUAUUGUCUGCAAUGGUAUGAUGGAUUAAAAGGUAGCAGCUCUUUCCACCAUGGUGACAUUUUCAUCCGAUCUAGAAGGACCUGUUCUCGCCCUGGCCAAGUCAGUGUUAAGGUUCCAUUGGAUUAUUCACUUCGAUCUUAUCUAGAAGUUAUCUUCUUAGUCCCUCGGAUGAAAAUAAGUGUUCAACAUUCACUGGUUAGAAGUCGUCCUCUAGGAAAUUUUCUUACUAAAACCGUCAUUGAAACUGGUUGUGUCCUGGAAAAGCAUGUUCACUUGAUUCUGGGAUUCAGUCAAUUAGAAUGGGAGCAGGCGAACUGUGGAAUAUUUUUGUAUUGGCAUGGCCGCUUAAUUGAAGCUUACAAGAGAGUUGGUGGCAUGAUUCAUAAUGCAGAUGUGGGCCGUGGUGUGAUUGGCGUCAUGGAUGUGACUGAUUUAAUGAAUGAUGGGGAUGGUCGUGUCUGGGUGCAUAAUAACAAGCAGGGAUUCCAGGACUGUGAAUCAUAUGCCCUCCUAGAGCAGUGGCUUGGUAGGAAAGUAGAUGAAUACUUGGACGAUAAUUUCGAUUCACUUAAAUUGGACAAUGAAAAUUGUGUCUACAAACCUGAUUGCGAAUGGGUGCAAUGUGACAAGUGCAGAAAAUGGAGAAUAUUGCCUCUUGACUUUGACAUCACAUUGUUACCUGCACAAUGGUUCUGUUAUAUGGAGCCCUUCAAAGGACUGUGUGCAGCUGCAGAACAAAAAAUGGAGCAUGGCGUUGUCAGUAUUUCGACAAAGCGGUCUGGAUAUGGUAGCGUGCAGAAAGAUUCUCAUUGUAACGAGAAGGUGGAUGCUAUGAGUCUUUCUAAGGGUACAGCAGAUGAAAGGUGGGUUGACUGUGGAGAUUUGAAACCGCGUGCUUUUUUCAAAAGAUUGAGAAGGGGACCUCCUAAUGCUGAGGUUAAAUCUCCGCAUCCCAAACGUUUAUCGAGAGCUGACUGACUUCCGUUGGAGCUCAGAGCUGACGGUUUUUGUGGUACUCUCCACAACGUGAAUGCCCUGUUCGUAUGUGAAUCCUUUUUCAUUUUUGAGCUAACUAGCAUGACACGUCACACGUGAACACCCGUCAUUUUUGUCCAAUUAGAACUUCGCGCAUUGUCAUUAACUAUCUGUGGUGCCAGAUCGCAAACUUUAUUAUUGACCUUGUACAUUUUUUUAUUUUUUAUUUUUUUUUUUGGUACAAUAACCUUGUACAUUUGUAUAGCCUUAGCCUGGAAUCGUCUACGGCAUGGCGCUUUGAGCGAGGCCCAUGGUCUGUAAAGUCAGGUCCUACUUUUUCUUCUUUUUGUCAAAAGAAUUCGUAAAUUACUUUUUGCAAUUUGAUUAUUUGAUUUGAAAAUUG